UCAGACACCACAUUUCCUGUUUGUAACUGAACAGAGUACACACCAAAAAUGUUAAGAAACAAAUGAGAGAAAAAACUGAGGUAGAGAAAAAGACACAUUUCACUGCCACACUUCUUUGACAUAACAAAGCAACGUUACUUGGAAACAAAGGUUUGUGGGAGCAUUUUUAAUCCAUGCGUUUACCUUAUGGCUGCAUAAGGAUUUCUCUGAAAAAAGAAGCAUGUCAGGAAACUCUGAAUGCCAGUAUUAUGUCUGGGCAAUUAUAGCCUCCUUGGUUUUAGCUCUGGUUAUAUCACUGAUCUUCAAUGUUUCCCACUAUGUGGAAAAGCAGCGACAAGGUAAAAUAUACAGGCACUCUGAUUACUACAUCCCCAGGGAGAAUGACUAUUAUAUUGAAGACACACCAAUUUAUGGUAACUUAGAUAAUGUGGUCCCAGAACAAAUGGAUGAAAAUUGUUAUGAACAAAUGAAAGCCCGACCAGAGAGAUCUGUGAAUGAACUGCAAGAAGCCACCCGACCUGCACCGGCAAUCGAUGAAUCACAGAUGUUUUACGCCGCACUGAAUCACAAUUGUGAGGGAAAGCCCAGAAAGCCCAGGAAACAAAAUACUUACGUGCCAGACAAGAAUGCAGAUGAGCUGCUGCCUGGAAUGGACACCAGCCUUCCUGAGACUACCCUGGUGUACAGUCUCCCACCCGCGAGCCCGGCAAUAGAGGAAAACAUUCACGAUGAUCCCGUUAGACUGUUUGGAUUGAUUCGUGCUAAUAAAGAACCUGUGAAUUAGCUGGAUUAUGAUUCAGCUCUUACUGAAGAAGAUUGGGGGGGGGGGAACCCACAAAAAACCCCACACAAGAUCCCUCUAUGACACAGCAUAAUGUGGCAGGGUGACGGUAUGAUCAUCUGUUGGUGGGAUGGUGGUUUACCUUCUUAUCCAGAGCUUACGUUCUUGCACACUGAAUGGAAUGUCAUGAAAAUUAGUUUUUUGAAUUAGUUAUUUGAAUUCACUUGACAAAUGUCUAAUAGUCAAAUGUAAAAUAAAAUCAAGUUUACAAAUUGAGCUUGCUGGCGAUGUCACAACUUCACCAACAAUGAUUAAUACUCAGUGAAAUAAAACCAAAACAAAUUUUAAGCAUUAAGCGUGUUCUGGAACACAUUAGGAAAAGAAUAAAAGAUCAUUUUUAAAAGCAUUUCUCUUUUCUAACCAAGGUGAAAUGCCCCAUAAUUGGAAGAAAUUUCUUUUUAAAAAUUUCUUUUUAUUUUAUUGAAAGUAUUGGGUCUAUGCUGAUUAAUAAAAUUAUAUAGGUUUCAGGUGUACAAUUCUAUACUAUAUCAUCUAAAUAUUGCAAUGUGUGUGCAGCACCACAAGUCAAGUCUCCUUCCAUCCUCAUUUAUCCCCCCAUGUGCCCUCUUCUUCUUCUCCCAUUUCCUUCUGGUAAUCAUACUAUUGUCUGGGUGGUGAAGAUUUUUGUUUGUUUGUUUGUUUGUUUGUUUGCUUAAUCCCUUAUCUUUUUCUCCCAGCCCCUUAACUCCUACCCCAUCUGACAGCUGUCAGUUUGUUUUCUGUAACUCUGAGUCUGCUUUUAUUUUGUUUGUUCAUUUUGUUCAUUAAAUUCCACAUAUAAGUGAAAUCAUUUGGUAUCUGACUUUCUCUGGCUUAUUUCACUUAGCAUAAUACUCUCCAGCUUCAUACAUGCUGUCACAAAAGGUAAAAUUUCCUUUUUUUUUUUUCAGCCCAGUUGUAUUCCAUGUGUAAAUGUACCACAGCUUUUUUAUCCACUCACCUACUGAUGGGCACUUGGGCUGCUUCCAAAUUAUGGCUAUUGCAAAUAAUGCUGCAAUUAAUAUGAGUCCAUAUAUUCUGUCAAAUCAGUGUUUCGGGUUUCUUGGAAUAUAUUCCCAGAAGUAAAACUGCUGGGUCAUAAGGUGAAAGAAAUUUCUGAUUGAAAAGGAUGGGAGGCAUUUAAAUACAUCCCCAAGAGAGGUGGAGUACUCUUCGUAAAUAGUGUUCUUUUCCAAAUACAAAUAUAUUUGUUAGUUUUAAAAAUUAUUAUAAAAUUAAUGCAUGCUUCUGUAAAAAUAAAAAAGUGUCAAAAAGAAUUCAGAAAUAGCCCUAGCCAGAAAUAAUCACUAUGAGCAACUUCCUAAAUAUCCUUCUAAAUAUUUUUCUUGGGCAUGCUCACGUACGUAUAUCAAUUGUGGUGUUUUGUUUUUUUAAAUAAAAAAGAGGAGUGAUUACUGUAUGAAAUUUAUUUAAACUUUUUAAAUUUAACAAUACAUUCUGGAUUUAUUUUCACUGUGAUUUUUAACUACAGUUUUGGGUAUGCGAAGCACAGAAUUUAUUCUUGUAUUAUUAUACAUUGUU